UUACCGAGGUGUAAUAGUCGCAUUUAGGAUAUGACAUAGUCAGGACGUCUACUACGGGUAUACGACGGAUACGGGCGCAAAAAAAAAACAACAAAACAAAAAAAUUAAAAGCUUUCACUACAUGGAAAUUGAGUGGAAGAAACAAAAACAACAAAAUUUUGAAAAACUGCAAGUUAAAAGAAAGUAAAACACGCCGCCGACACACGAACACAGAUACACCAGCUCGGUUUGUGUGCGAGAGUGUGUGUGUGUGAAACCAGUAAAAAGAAAAUGUUAACCCUGUGAGCAGCAGCAACAAAAAAAGGAACGGAUAUAAAAAUCUCUGUUAUAAUAUAAAACGACAACAACAACCACAACAACCCUGCUACAUCGUCAGCAGAAUCAGCUGCAGUAUAUCGCGCACUGAAGCACAGUAGCAAAAGUAAUUGAAAACGGAUUAAAGCAGGUAGUUAUCCUGGCAAGCAACCAACCAAAAAAAACCUACAUCCUUUCGUCCAUGCUGCCGAUGUGAGAACGUUUGUUUUUUCAGCUUCUGCUUCAGCUUGGGCUGCUCCUCCUCCUCCAGUCGUCAUCGUUUAAUAUAGUUGUUGUCGUUGUCGUCGUUGUUGAUGAUUGUGAGGUUGAUAAGAAUGAUUAUUGUGUGCUUGAUGGAAAAUAGAUGAACCUCCUCUCCCCCUCUCCGCCAACACCACCAGCGAUGGUUUUUGUGUCGUCCUCGUCAUCGAAUAUGAGGAGGAAAUUUGUGAAAUUGUGCGUGUUAAAUGUGUUAUACUAGUGGCAGACAUACCAACGAAGGAACGAACGAAUGUCAUAAACGAAACUGAAAAAAAAAAAAAAUAAAAACAAGAAACAAAUCAAAUACUACAACAGUAACAACAACAAAAACCAAUUGCAAAAAAACGAAUCGAAUAAACGAAGAACGAAAGGAGUAACAAACGAAUGCAAGGAUCAAACAAAUAAACAAACUUCCAAUUCCCCGAAAAUAAAACGAAACUUGAAAACACACAGAGGAUUCCUUUGUGUACCCCUAACCAAACAAAUCGCUCGUACAUACUAACACACAGACACACACGUGCAUAUGUGUGCACGUUGGUGUCGAACAAAGAGAAAUCAAUAAAAAAAGUAGGAAAUGAUAAUUUUUUAUUGUUGGCUUGGUGGUGUGAGUGCAAGUGUUAUUAAUUGAGGAAAAUUAUAGAAAACAACAACAACAAUAACAAAAAAAAGAAAUUAAAAAAUAUAUAUAACAACAACAAAAAACCAGUGCAAUACAAGAAAGAAAAACAACAACUAAAAAUUAAAAAAUAUAUUUAACAGCCACAACAAAGCCCGUUCAAAAGAAAACAGCAAAUACUAGAGAUAAAAAAAAACAAAAAAAAUAAAAAUAAAUAUCAGCAACAACAAAGCCCGUGCAAAAAAACAACUAAAAAUUCCAUAAAAAUUACAACAACCACAAAUCUCGUGCACUACAAAAAACCGAGUAAAAAACUCUGAAAUAUUGCCGAAAUUGUCUUCUAAUAAUAUCUGAAGACCUCGAAGUAAAAAGGUGAAAAAUCUGGAACAAAAGAAUAGCAAGAGCAGCAUUAGCAGCAGCAGGACAACAAUUUAUGAUCCAGAUAUAGAUAAAGAGAAGAAGAAUAAAACAACAACAAAAGCAAAAAACAACAUCAUAAUAAAAAAGGGAAAAUAAAUUCAAGAUAAAAAGCAGAACAAUAAACUCUAAUAGAUGAUUAGAAUAUGAAGCCAAUUAUUGUAAAUGAUUGUCAAUUUAAAUAUGCAAAAUAUCAUCAUCGUCAUCAACAGCAACAACAACAACAGCACGAACACGGACAGCAUCAUCAUCAAUUCCAUGCCGACAACGUCCAGCAGAGACUAUUAGAAACAUAAAACCCGGAAAGGGACAAUUGUUGUUCCCAUAUCCCUUGAAGCAGUUGUCGUCAUCGUCGUCGUAACAAAGGACAAUCACAAGUCCAAGCAGCAGUAACAAUAAAAAUCCGGUCAAACAAUCCGACUAACACAGAAGACAAACCCCAAGAAAGACAGAGAGAAGAAGAGGAGAAGAGCGGCCUAUAUUAACCAACGGCCAUUGUCAUCAUCAUCAACAGCAACAGAAUCAUCGAAGUAGCCACAGCAGUAGCUAAGCAGCAGCAGCUGCAGCUUAGUGUUAGUGAGCGAUGUUAUUGGCUACCCUGAAUUUCCAUCGAAUGGGAUGUUUGAUUAAUAUGCAGCUAAUAUUUCUCAUACUAUUGGAAAUGAGAAUAAUAUCCGGCGAUGUUUCCUCUCACUACUGGGAAACACCCUAUUCGCAGCCAUAUUUUGAUAAUUCCUCAAGGCGUGAGGUUACCUCAAUUGUGGGCCAGGCAGCCCUGCUGCAGUGUCGUGUACGCAACUUGGGAGAUCGAGCUAAGGUCUCCUGGAUACGAAAACGAGAUUUACACAUACUAACCGUUGGCAUCCUGACCUACACAAAUGAUCAACGAUUUCAAUCGCUGCACACUGAGGGCUCCGACGAAUGGACGUUGCGUAUAUCAUCACCACAGCCCCGGGAUUCGGGGACGUAUGAGUGUCAGGUGUCGACGGAGCCGAAAAUAAGUCAGGGAUUUCGCUUGAAUGUUGUAGUUUCAAGAGCUAAAAUUCUUGGCAAUCCUGAACUAUUCAUUAAAAGUGGCAGUGACAUCAACCUGACAUGUUUGGCAAUGCAAUCACCGAUACCACCCUCAUUCAUCUAUUGGUACAAGGGCAAACGAUUAAUGAACUAUUCACAGCGUGGCGGCAUUAGUGUUAUUACCGAAAGGACAACACGUACCAGCAAGCUUCUAAUAUCGAAAGCAACACCAGCCGAUUCGGGAAAUUACACAUGUUCUCCAAGUAGUUCAGAUUCUGCCUCGGUAGUGGUGCACGUUAUUAACGGUGAACAUCCCGCAGCCAUGCAACAUGGCAAUAAUAGUGCUACAACACUUAUACCCUCCUAUCGACGACGUCGCAUGCUGUCAUCAUCACUCACAUUCAACGGUGGCCAGAUGACAUCAUUCUACGCCAAAAUAUCAACACUUUAUAGUAUUUUAUGGUCGAUAAUUGAUUUUAUGAUUGCAACAAAUUGUUGUUUAGUUAUUUUGGGUAUCUGUCUGUCACAGCGACUGUUGCACACAAGUGGUCGUCCAAAUCAUUGGCUAAACAGGUGACUGUAAACAGUGAAAGGUUAUGACUGUUCGGUCUGGACCGAAUCUAAUGCAAGGCCGCCCAUUACAUUCAUCAUUAAGAUCAAUAACAACAACAUCAAAACAGCAACAACAACAGUACCACCUUCAUCCAUGGAAGAGUUUGCCGCAAGAAUGAUGAAAAUGUGAAUGGGUUUAAUGCUCUUUCGAGGUACAAUCGAAUGCAGCAUUAGAUUGGUGCAAUGGUUUUUUAGUUUUAUAUUUUAGACAAGAGAACAGAAACGAAGUUUGGCAACGCGAAAAUAACAGGAAUGAGUGUACACUACUAUUAGGGUUAUAUAGAUCGACUUGCUAGUAGAUGAAUAUGUACUACACUUUUGGUAACGAAAAUGGAAAUUUCAAUUGAUUUUCCGUUUCCUUGGCUACCAAAGUGGCAAAAUGAACUAUUCCUCCGGAUUCAGAACCAAGUCGAAAUAGUAUUAUUGAGUGGAUCAUGAUCAGUUACAUUAUAAACAUCGUCAUCAUUACCAUACAAAACUAGAACAAUAGCAACUGGGGUUUCCACCUAAAUGGUGCGAUGCAAUGGGUUCCCGGCACUAGAUCCAACAGCAACCACAACAACUACAACCUAAGAAAAUUGUGUAUGCAAAUUGAAAAAAAUCGUCGUCGUCAAAGAGACAGAAAGUAAACUUUGCAUUUGUUUAUAUUGUUCAUAGUUAUUAAUUAUUAUUAUACUAUUAUUAUUAUUAUAAAUAAGUAAGUUUAAAGAUUUUAAUUAUGUAUAACAUAAUAUUAAGUAGAUAAAAGUAAAAAUGAAACCAAACAAAAAAGAAAUCCAUAAAGAGAAAACAAAACAAAAGAAACUGCUAAUAUUUCCAAACGGUUUUCUUUUUCGUACCUAUGCUGUAUACGUUUAGAUGAAUUAUUUGAAAAUGCAUUUCACUUGAAGUUUUCUGUUUAAUUUCAAUACAUACAAUUUAAUUACAGUAAUUAUUUUUUGUGGUCUACUUGAAGGAAUAUUGUCCCAGCGCAGCAGUUCAAUCUAUAAACCCGUAAACCAAUGAAAUAUUUUAUGAUACCUAAUUAUAUUUUCAAAAUCAUUCAUCUAAACCUACAUGGUAAUCAUUAAGUAUGAUAGACUUAUAAAAUUCAUAUAUAUGUAUGAUAAGGUACGAAAAUAAUACCACAAAAUAAUAAUAAAAACUAAGUAAA